AUGGGUUGUACGGGUACAAAAAAUGAAAUUAAACAUGAGUCAAAUUUAAUUGAUAAAAAACAUCAAGAUAAUGAAGAAAUAAUUACAGAUGGAUUCCGAAAAUGGUUAAAAUCAAAUCGUCCACGAGCAGAUGAUUACGUGUUGAAAGAGAUAUUAUUAUCACAGCCAAAUUCAACUCAAACAAUUGAAUCUAUUGAAAAUGAUUAUCGAUUAAUUGUUUCCAAAUCAUUAGAUUUAAUUUCAAAUCGAAAUGAUAUUAAAUCUAUAACAAAAUUGACAAAAGUUUUACAAAAAGAAAUAACCACAGCAUCACCAAAAAAAGUAAAUCAAACAGUUGAUAUAUUAAAACAAACAGCCGAUAAAUUACGUGAUGGCAAAAUAGUAUUAGAUGCAGACGAAAAACAGACGAAUAUGGUCAAUGGUGGAGUAGUAACAAAUACCACUACUAAAAACGAGUCGUUAGAUCAAACGAACGUUCAAUCAUCAUCUCAGUUGCGUGGUUUUUCAAAUACAUCCACUGAACCUGGAAUUGGUCUACGAGAAGCAUUAGAAAAAGCUAGAAUAUAUUUUUAUAAAGGAAAGCAAGCAGCUAUCUUUGUUAAUUAUCUAGGCGGUUAUGAUGUUAAAGUUAUUGAUGAUACAGAUGAUGCACUAAAUCAUGAUGGUAACCUGUUACGUUCAAUUGUUGUUACUGAAGUUAAAAUGAGACCGAAGACAACAACAGCUAAUUUAGAACAACAACAACAUACAAUUCCUGAUGAACAAGGAAUAAAUGAAGAUUUUCGUCGUUCAAUUGAUGCAGCAUUAGCUGGACUUCAACAAAUUUAUCAUAAACCAUCCACAACAGAUAGCACAGAACAUCAAACGACUAAUCGAUGUUCAAUACCUGUCAGUAUCGUAUCAUCUAAUCGACCAGAAUCUCCCAUUGUGCAACAAACAACUUCACAUGAGAAAGUUAUUUCAGCAGCUCUUGAUCAUAGUAACUUACAACAUGGAAUGGCAAAUACAAACGACAAAAACACACUAUCACAUCCAUCAUCUAAAGAUGAUCUUGCACCUUAUUUAACUACGACGUCAAUAGAAGAUUUGAUAUCAAAUAAUCGUGCAAAUAUCGAUAAAACAGAUGAAGCAAUAUAUCGUGAUUUAUGCACAAUUGUUAAAAAAUCGACAAGUACUGAUACGACCGAUGAUCAACCACACGAUGGAUUCCAACAUUUAGCUGAUAUUGUAAGACAGAUAGCUGAAAGUCAAAAUCAAUUAAAUCAACACAUAACCGCAUCAAAUGCACAGAUAUUCAUGCCUCCUCCAAUAGAUAUACAACCAAGAAUUGUAAAUAUGAUAGAUAAUGUCAAUGAAUUGAUGAUAGAUUCAAUUGAAUCAACAACAAAAGCAGAAAUCGGUGAACCGAUAUUGCCACAAAAAUACGAUACUGUUGAAAAAUUAGUUUUGAUAGCACAACAACAAAAAAGUAGUCAUACAAAUAUCGAACGUAUUGUACAAGAACUCAAAGAACAUGGUGAAAACACACAUCACAGUCUCCUAUCAUCACAAGAACAUCCUAAUAUUGAAUAUAUUGUAAGAGAAUUAAAAGAACAUAGUGAAAAAAUGUUACAUGCUGAUGGAAAAUUGGCAAACUAUCCUGUUGAUAUUACAUCGAAGCCCAUAGCAUCUAUUUCAUCAAAGAAAGAAUAUGCCAACUUAUGCUAUGAAAAUCGACCAAAAUCAUUUAUUAGUGACGAUAAAUUAUCAUCGGAUGACAGAACAAAUCAUCAUAGUUUAGAUAAACAAAUGUCUGAAUCGUAUUUAGAUGAUAUGACACAUUUAACACGAGUCGGUAUUUCAAAUCCAACACUGCCUACGUCAAAACCAACAUCACCAACAAAAAUUAAUGAAGAAAAAGACGAACAACAACCAGUCGUAUCAACAUCGAUUAAUUCCAUAAUCGAAGAAGAAUCAGAAUUAAACAAGCCAAUAGCACACGUUACUCAAGGUGAGAGUAAACGUAGUCAAAAUGUUACAUAUACAGAAACAAUUACGUCACAAAAUAAUGGUGAGAAAUCAUCACGUACAAUAACCGAAUCGUAUGAUGAACCAUUAGACAAUGAUAAAAAUACUGACCAAACAACAACUUUAAAAGUUGUUACAAAAUCAGAAUUUUCACGACCCAAAUCGGGUGAAAGCAUCAUGGAACAAGCGGUUCAAGUAAUAACAGUCAAAGUAAGAAAUGAAACAACUGUAAAUAAUGAAAACGAUGAUAUCGACUACGAACGACGACCAGUUAAUGAAAUAGUCAAAAAUUUUGAGCAAGAAACUUGA